AUGAACCCCAAUCAUCAGCACCACGUCGACCAUUCGCCGUCAUCUCCCUCUGUACAAUACUCUCCACCAUCCACUCUCCCAAGUGGUGGUGUUAAUCUUGUCGGAUCAUCUGGAUUGCCCAUGAUGAUGAACCAAAGCGUUCAAUACACUCCACAAGUACAGGUUUCUCCCUUCGUGGCAUUCUCACCCGCACAACAACCAACAAAUUUCCAUGAAGAAGAACAUCAUCACGAUGAUUCCAUGCUUGAACUCAAAGACUACGAUCAGAAUGUGCCUUCAAAUUUCGCAGUGGUUUCCCGAGGACUUCAACAGACUGGAAAUCAGAUCAACUCCAAGGAACACAACGCCACAGCACCAUUAACAAGCAUGUCCCAACCAUCGCCGCACUAUUAUCCUCCACAAUCAUCACCGCUACCAUCACAACAACAACAACACGAUGACACAACCUAUUCAACCAAUAAUCAACCUCAGAUCAUGAUGAUGCCUCGCCCAACCUCUAACAAUUACAUUAUGAAUCCUGGUGGACAUGUCAUGACCACUGCCGCUCAUCUCCAACAUUCGUACAUCAAUCCAGAAAUGAUGAUGACUUCAAAAUAUUCGACAUGGACACGUGUAGUUUUGGUAUUUGCCAUCCUUUUGACACUUUAUGGAGUGGUUCAAUUAACCUCUUUCUUCUUUACAAUUUAUGCCGUCGCUCAAGGUAUUUCUCAAUUUAAAUUUUCAGUGUCAUCUCUCGUCAUGCAAGCCAUCAUCACUGUGAUUGUUCUUGUGUCAGGCUCCAUUGGUAUUUAUUCCACUCUCACGAAGAAUGUCAAACAUAGAAAAUAUUCCACCAUUGCUCAUCUCAUUUCAUUGGCCUUGCUCAUUCUAGUGAUGGUUAUUGAAACCAUCAUUGCUCAUGUUGAGCUAAAACUUGAUUUUGAAUUUCCUGGAAAGGAUUCAACCACUGUGUUGGCAAUUACAAUUUUCUCUGCUGUCUUGUCCUUGGUUUGUGUGAUGGCCUGCUGUGGCUCUUGUCUAGGAUGUCAAGCCUAUCGACUUACCAUUAUCAAGAAUAUGGCUUCAUACUCUGAACAGAGUACUAGUCGUGGUGAGGGUUCUCUCAAUACUUCUCAAGAAGGCUUUGUAAGAAUGAAUGACGAAGAACCUUAA